UAGCUGUUGGUCAACCUGGCUGUCAUUUGAAAAGUUGUGUUUAUCACGCCUGUUGUUUCUAGAAUUUAAAAAUAAAAAAACUGAAAUAAAAUUAUGGCCGAUGAUGAAUAUGAUGAAAACGACGUUCGCGAUGAUUUCGAAGAUGACGUAGACGAUGAUAACAUCGAGGAACUUGAGCAGCCCGAGGAAGAAGGGGAUCACAUUGAUAUUUUAGCGCCUGGACAGGCUGGGGGUGGUGUGCCAAAGAGUAAACGUAUCACAACGAAGUAUAUGACUAAAUAUGAGCGGGCUCGGGUAUUAGGUACUCGAGCCUUACAGAUAGCAAUGUGUGCUCCAGUUAUGGUGGAGUUGGAUGGAGAAACUGAUCCUUUACAAAUAGCUAUGAAAGAAUUAAAACAAAGAAAAAUCCCUAUUAUUAUAAGAAGAUAUUUACCAGAUCAUUCCUAUGAAGAUUGGGGUAUUGACGAAUUAAUUAUUAUUGAUCAUUGAUGUCUCAUUACUAUAAGAUUAUGUAUAUAUUUUUAAAAUAAAACAUUAAGCUAU